UCUGUGCUUUACUGCCCUCGAGAGGAGGUACUGUAGCCUGUAGAUACAAACUCUACAAAAUUUUGUAAUUUGUAGUAACUUUGUCAUGCACUAUCCUGGUGCCACAAAACAACAAAUUUCAUGACUUAUAUCAGUGAAAAUAAAUCUGAUUCGGAUUCUGCCUUGUGCUGAACAUCACUGGUAUGUGGGAAUAUGGAACUGAAAAAAGUCAGCCAUAGUGGAGCAGACCUGGUGGGCUGAAUGGCCCAAUUCUCCUCCACUAGCUUGUGGUCUUAUGGAAUUGUAUUGGUGACAGAGGGCAGAAUGGGAAUGGUUGGAGAAUGAGCAACAGAAGAAUAGUGUAAGAAGGCACGGGAAUGUCGGGGUUAGUGUAACAUCAUUACAGUGGCAGCUGUGAGACUGGGGUUUGAUCCCUGCUGUUGCCUGUAAGGAGUUUGCAUGUUGUCCCCAUGUCUCCUCCAGGUACUCUGAUUUCUUCCCACGUUCCAUAAGCAUUAUUCUUUAGAGAAUGUGGAACAGGCCCUUUGAGUGAUACCAUCCAGCAACCCACCACUGAUUUAACAAUCACAGGACAAUUUACAAUGACCAGUUAACCUAUUACUGAUACAUCUUUGCACUGUGCGAGGAUUGUUUACAAUCUCACCAGCAGACAAAUCAUUGUUUUAUACCUCUCCUCAUAGGACAUGUUCUCUAAUCCAGGCAGCAUCCUGGUAAUUCUCUGCACCUUUUGUAAAGCUUCUUCAUCCUUGACCAGUACUGAACAGUAUAUUCUAAGUGUGGUCCAAGCAAGGUUUUAUAGAGCUGCAACAUUACCACUCAGCUCUUAAGCUCAAUGCCCCCCCCCCCAACUAAUGAACAACACAUCAUAUGCCUUCUUUUUUUUUCUUCUUUCUAAAUCUUUUUAUUAAUAUUAGUAAUAUGGACAGAAUACAAAUGAUAUAUUGAUAAAGAAAUUACCAACAUAUAAAUUCCAUUGUAUAUGAAAAAAAACAUACAUAAUAGUUACAAUAUAAAUGAGUUUACCAAGACAUAAGCCAUAAAAUAUAUGUAUGAACAUAGUAAGUCUAAAUAUUUCAUAAUAUAUGAUAUAAAGAAAACAGAAAAAAGAAAGAAAAAAAACAAAAAAAUAUAAUGCAAAACUAGCUAAUCUAAUAACUAGUAACUAAUAUAGAAGAAAAAAGAAGCAAAAAAAAGAGAGAAAAAAAAGGGGGCUGUUUAUAAUAUCUCACAAAAAUAAGUAUUCAUCAAUGCCGUCACUUCCGGUCCUCUCAAAAUACAUAAGCUAAAAGCUGGGAAAUCAAAUGAACUUGGCACAGGGUCAUAUUACAUCAUAUGAAAAUGUUGAAUAAAUGGUCUCCAUAACUUUUCAAAUUUAAUAGAAGUCUCAAAAGUACCACUUCUAAUUUUUUCUAAAUUUAAACAUAACAUAGUUUGAGAGAACCAAUUAAAUACAGUGGGAGGAUUAAUUUCUUUCCAAUUCAACAAUAUAGAUCUUCUAGCCAUCAGAGUUAGAAAUGCAAUCAUUUGACGGGCAGAAGAAGAUAAAUGCAGUGAGUCUAAGAUUGGUAAACCAAAAAUUGCGGCAAUAGGAUGAGGUUGUAAAUCGAUAUUCAAAACCGCAGAAAUAAUAUCAAAAAUAUCUUUCCAAUAUUUCUCCAAAAAUGAACAAGACCAAAACAUAUGAGUUAAAGAUGCAAUUUCAGAAUGACAUCUAUCACAAAUAGGACUAAUAUGAGAGUAAAAAUGAGCUAAUUUAUCCUUGGACAUAUGGGCCCUAUGUACGACCUUAAAUUGUAUUAAUGAAUGUUUUGGCACAUAACGAUGAUGUAUUAACUAAUUGAAGAAUUCUAACCCAAUUCUCACUAGAAAUACUAAGACUAAGCUCUCUUUCCCAAUCCUUUUUAGUCUUAUAAAGAGGCUCUGAACUUAUCUUCAUAAUUAUAUUAUAAAGUUUUGAAAUAAGUCCUUUUUGAAAAGGGUCUAAUUCAAAUAAACUCUCCAAAAUAUCUGAAGGCACAAAAUUUGGAAACGUAGAGAGUACAGAACUUAAAAAAUGUCUAAUCUGUAAAUAUCUAAAAAAAUGAAAUCUAGGCAAGUUAUAUUUAUUGGAUAAUUGCUCAAAAGACAUGAAACAAUUAUCUAAAAAUAUAUCAGAAAAUCUUAGUAAUCCCUUAGUUUUCUAAGCCGAAUAAGCUUGAUCUAUAAUGGAAGGGUGAAAAAAACAAUUAGAUACAAUAGGACUAUUUAAAACGAAUCGAGUCAACCCAAAAAAUCUCCGAAAUUGAAACCAUAUACGCAAAGUAUGUUUAACUAUCGGGUUGUCAAUUCGUUUCGGCAAUUUAGAAAGAGCAAAAGGGAGAGAAGUCCCUAAAAUAGAACCCAGAGCAUAAGCUGAUACCGAUUUAGUUUCUAAACUCACCCAACAAGGGCCAAAAGAUCCACCCCCAUCUUUCAACAUAACAAAUAUCUAAUAUUAACUGCCCAAUAGUAAAAUCUGAAAUUAGGCAACGCUAACCCGCCUUCCUUUUUUGUCUUCUGUAAAUAUGUUUUACCUAACCUGGGAUUUUUAUUCUGCCAUAUAUAUGAAGAAAUUUUAGAGUCAACAUUAGUAAAAAAAGAUUUCGGGAUAAAAAUUGGUAUCGCUUGAAAAAUAUAUAAAAACUUAGGUAAAAUAACCAUCUUAAUAGCAUUAAUCCUACCUAUUAGGGAUAAAGAUAAAGGUGACCACUUAGUAAACAAACCUUUAAUCUGAUCAAUUAAGGGUAAACAAUUAAAGCUAAAUAAAUCUUUAUGGUUUUUUGUGAUUUUGAUCCCUAAAUAAGUAAAAGAGUCAUUAACUAAUUUAAAAGGUAAAUUUCCAUAAAUUGGGACCCGUUUAUUCAAAGGAAACAAUUCACUUUUAUUAAGAUUUAACUUAUACCCAGAAAACUCACUAAAUUGAGCCAAUAAUGAUAAAACUGCUGGAAUGGAUUUCUCCGGGUUAGAAAUGAAUAGUAAUAAAUCAUCUGCAUACAAAGAUAACUUAUGAAUAUCUGUCCCACGAUUAAUACCCAAAAUAUCCUGUGAUUGUCUGAUGGCAAUUGCCAAAGGUUCUAAGGCAAUGUUAAAUAGUAAUGGACUAAGAGGACAUCCUUGGCUAGUGCCCCGAAAUAGGCGAAAAAAAGGGAGAUCUUUGAUUAUUGGUAAACACUGAGGCUACUGGAGUAUGAUAAAUCAAUUUAAUCCAUUGAUAUAAAUAUCGGACUAAAAUUAAACUUCUCCAACACAUUAAAUAAGUAAGGCCAUUCAACUCUAUCAAAUGGUUUCUCCGCAUCUAAUGAAAUCACGCAUUCUGAAGUGUCAUGUGAGGGAGUAUAAACAAUAUUCAACAAUCUCCUAAUGUUAAAAAAAGAAUAACGAUUUUUAAUAAAACCAGUUUGAUCAUCUGAAAUAAUUUUGGGUAAUACCUUCUCCAAUCUAGAUGCCAGUAACUUGGAAAAAAUCUUGGAGUCUACAUUCAAUAAAGAUAUAGGUCUAUAAGAAGCACAGUUAGUAGGGUCUUUAUCUUUCUUCAAUAUUAAAGAAAUGGAAGCACUAUAAAAAGAUUAUGGCAAAUUCCCCAAUCUAAUGGCUUCCUCAAAAACCUUACCUAACCAAGGGGAAAGAGUAGCGGAAAAAAAUUUAAAAAAUUCAACUGUAUAACCAUCUGGACCCGGUGCUUUCCCAGAAUUCAUUGAGGAAAUAGCCCCCUUAAUUUCUACAUCCGUAAUAGGAGUAUCCAAUAUCAAAAGAUCAUCAGAUGAUAAUCUUGGAAAAUUUAAUUUCCCAAGAAAAUCAGACAUGGUAUUAUGAUCUUGAGGAAAUUCAGAUUGAUACAGGGAGGUAUAGAAGUCUUGAAAUGCCUUAUUUAUCUCAUCAUGAUUAACUGUCAGAUUCCCAUUCUGCUGACCAAUCUUAGUGAUUUGACGUUUAACCAAAGCAUUCUUCAAUUGACUAGCUAACAGUUUACCAGAUUUAUCACUAUGUAUAUAAAAAUCAGAUUUAGUUUUCAUUAAUUGAUUUUCAAUCGAGGACAACCCUUUGUUUGUAAAGCUCCUUACUAGGAGCAAUCGAAUAUUUCUUAUCAAUCUCUUUAAUUUUAUCAACCAAUAAAAGAGUUUCCAUCUUAGUACGUUUCCUCAAACCAACAGAAUAAGAAAUAAUCUGUCCACGUAUAUACGCUUUAAAAGUGUCCCAAAGUGUUCCGCAGGAAAUAUCAUCUGUAGAAUUAGUUGAAAGGAAGAAGUCGAUCUGCUCCUCCAUAAAUUUUAUAAAGUCAGAGUCUUGCAACAAGGUAGAGUCAAAUCACCAUUGUCUGGCAUUAGAAGCUGUAUCCGUAAAUUUCAUAGAAAGUAAUAAUGGAGCAUGAUCAGAGAUAGCUAUAAUAUCAUAGUUACAACCGAUUACCAAUGGAAUAAAACAAGAGUCUAUAAAAAAAUAAUCAAUUCUCGAAUAAGAGUGAUAAACAUGUGAGAAAAAAGAAAACUCUUUGUCAUUAGGAUGCCGGAAUCUCCAAAUAUCAAAAACUCCAUUGUCAGUCAAAAAAGAGUUAAUACAAGUGGCCGACUUAUUAGGUAAAGUCUGAAUAGAUAAAGAUUUAUCCAUCAGAGGAUUUAAACAACAAUUAAAGUCACCACCCAUUAUUAACAUAUUCGUUUAGAUUGGGUGAAGAGGUAAAUAAAGACUUAAAAAAGUCAGGACAAUCCACAUUUGGAGCGUAAACAUUAACCAAAGCAACCUUUUUAUUACAAAGUAAACCCGUAAUUAACAAAAAUCUGCCAUUCGGAUCCGAAAAAAUAUCAUGAUGAACAAAUGAAAUAGAGGAGUCAAUAAAAAUCGAAACUCCUUUUACUUUAGCAUUCGAAUUUGCGUGAUACUGUUGACCCCGCCAAAAUCUAAAAAAACGAAAUUUGUCCUCCUUCCUCACAUGAGUACAAAAAUGAUAUGAGCAUUAAGUCUUUGGAAUACUUUGCAAAUCUUCUUUCGUUUAAUCGGAUGAUUUAAACCAUUAGUAUUCCAAGACACAAAAUUAAUGGUCUGAGCCAUAAUUCUAAAAUCAACCCUUUGGUAUAGAAAGGGUUAACCAACGUAUAAACUCAUGCACCCGGAAGAGGAACAAAAGUAAUGAGAAGACCCGGAAGUGACGACAACACAGACAUAUUUGAAGUUCUAAAACAGCCCAAAUAAAAAAACUUAACACAAACUGGUGCAAAAAAAAUAGAAUUAGAAAACAGACCAUCCCCCCCCACCCCCCAAGAAAAAGAGAAAAAGCCAAAAUAUGACUUAAAAAGAGAAAAAGUAAUUCUAAUCCUACCCCCAUGUCAGCUGAAGAACACUCCAUAUAUAAAGGAUAUAUAUAAAAGAAUCACCCCAACUUUAAAAAUUAAAAUCGCUAUAAUAAAAACCAUAUUUCUAAGUAUAGUUAGUUGUAAAAAGAAUAAAAAUAUAAUCACUGAAAAAAAUUAUAAAUCGGGCUCUAGCCCAGACAAAACAAAAAAUAUUUAAGCUCUGAUAAGCGAUGCAUUGUAGGAAAAAGGUGAAAAAAUAAAACAACAUAACGCCAUCUUAAGCAAAACCAAAAAUCUUUUUCAAAAAACCACCACCUUAAUCAAAGAAAAAAUCACCUUCAAAGAAUUAAAAAUAUACCUUAAAAGGAACAAAGUUAAUGGACAAGUAUGUAGUUAAAUGAUUAAAGUGUAUAAGGCAAAACAAUUAAUAUGACGAAAACACACUUUAACUUAAGUAUAAAGUAUAGGAUGAACCUACACCAAUAACCAGAUUUUAAUUCUGGUUUAACAGAUCGAGAACCAUCUGACACGAUCAGAAUCGUUCAUUUAUUAGAGACUGGUGUCUGUAGCAGUAGGGAAGUUCUCCUCCAGAUAUUUUCUCGCUUCUGAAGUUGAAAUGAAAACCUGUCGUGGAGCAUUCGACGGAGAUAUUCGAAGCUUCGCAGGGUAUAGAAGCGCAGGUUUCAGAUUUUUCUCAUAACAGUCAGCCAUCAACGGUUUAAAAAGAAGCCUUCUUUUUAAAAGGUCAGGAUUAAAGUCUUCGACCAGGCGGAAGCAAAAUUCUUAGAAUUUAAUCAUUCCUGCUCGACGAGCUGCUCUUAUAAGUUGUUCUUUGUCAUGUACAUAAUGGAACCGGACAAUUACCACCGAAGUUUUGUCUGUAGCACUCGGUGAUCGACGCCGAAUUCUAUGUGCCCGAUCCAAUAAAGGAGGGUUAUUCGGGAAAAUCGUCGGAAACGCUUCUUUUAAAAGUUGAGCAAAAUAUUUCGAAGGGUCAUCUUUUUCUAUGCAGUCUGGAAGACCAAGUAUACUGUGCCGUCAGUUUGCCGUUCGUGAGGAUCACAGUUUGGCACACAAUCUCCAGGAGCAGGAGAUUGAACAUCACCUGGCAUCCAAUGUGCAGAGAAACCGUUUAGUUCAGCAUGACCUUCAAGUGGCCAAGAAACUGCAAGAGGAGGAGAAUAAAAAAGCCCAAAUUCGGCUUCAGAGACACCAGCAAGAGAUAGAGAUCCACGACAACCAUAUGGCUCAGGUGAUUCGGGAUGAGCUGGCCCUGGAGAAUGAGAAAAGACGACGUCAAGAGGAGAAGGACGAGGCCAUUGCUCGUAAACUCCAGAAGGAGGAGGAGAAGCUGCGACGGAAGCACCAGGUGAUAGACCGUGAACCAUUAGAUGCCAUCUUUGAUGAAAAUGGAGACCAUAGGAAAACUAGGGUGCACAGACCUGAUAGAAAGAGCAAACUUGCCUAUGGCUCCCACAGAAACAGAGAGCCAAGGGACUCCCAGAGGAGGGGAGUCCGAGGAGAGUCGUGUUCAAAGGAUCCUAUGGAUGACUGGAUUGUUGAGCCACCAAGACGUGGUCGCACUGAGAGGCUCAGCAGUUCUGAGAUUGAGUGUGAUGACGUCUGUCCAGGCACCAGACGACAGAAGGUUGGGAGCUGCCCUUCUCGGAAGGAGCCACCAAUGAGACCUCCUCCACCAGUCACAAGCUCAACCUCCAGCUACCACAGGCAGGGUGCUCGACCCAAGUUUGCCCCUGUGAGGGAUGAGUCUCAGGAUUCAUCGGACCAUGGAGUACCAUGCAGAGCAAAGCGUGACUGUAGUCCCAAACUGCUUGGGGCGUGUGGCUACAGUCCUGAGGAGCCGAGAGGACGGCGUGGCGAGGACAGAGAUGGCGGCAGGAGGAGGAAGGAACGGCGGCACUCAACGCAUUCACUGUCUCCUGACCUACAGAUGAGUGAAGAGCAAUGUCCAGAACAAGGGCUGAAGGGCAGGAUGGAGUAUGGAGUUACGGAAGCCAUGCAUGGCAUUUCGAGAAUGUCCACCAAGGAGCUGGAGAUGAAAGAUGCGGAAUUAGCACAGAAACUCCAGCAAGAGGAGAUCAGGGCUACCCAGAGUUCUGAGAGAGCAGCUCAGUUGGCGCGAGAUGAGGAGAUUGCUCGUUUACUUAUGGAAGAAGAGAAGAAGCAAGUCCUCAGAAAGUCCAAGGAGAGAGAUUCUUCACGAAGGACAGAGGAAGAGCGGAGGAAGGGGUCAACAGACUGGAGGAAGCCGGACAUGGAGAGGAAGUAUGACGGCAGUGAGUAUGCCAGAGCCAGACCACGGGAUGAGCUGGAAUCGCUAACGGGGAAACCUGAACGACCAGCAAGACCUCCUGCCUACCGAGCAGGCUCGGAUCACUUGGACCAGAGACCAAGCUCGCAGCGUCCUUCACGUCCAGCCUCACGGCCCCCUGAGUCACCACAGAAAGUUUCCUAUUACAGGCAAUGAUUGAAGUGACCAGCAAGUCUCGUAAACGAAGAGGAUUAAGGUUGUGAGAGUUUCGCCGGGGGAUUGGGCCAGCAUUCCUGGGCAAAACGCAGCCUGUACUUCCUUUGACUCAUCAACGCAGGGACAUCCAGCACACCGGAAUGUAGUGAGGCAGUGCACAGCAAUUUGUCUUACAAGCAACACAGUAAUUGGUCUUACAACUUUAGUCGUCACUGUUAAUGUGUUUGCACAAACAGCAGGAGAGAGACCCGAAAUGUUUUUUUUAAAUUAACAAUGUUAAGUUGUACUAACCUUUUAUAUUUUUUUGUUAACCAAUUAACCAGGGCUUCAGCUGGUCUUUGUAGCACUCUGCUCACCUCGCAUCUACAGCAGAACCCUCCCUCCCUUGACUGCCCCUCAUUCAUCUUAGCUUCACCAUCAAAUUGUUGCAUUAAAUGAUGCAGUGGAUUCAAUGCUGGUGGAGUGAUUGAUUUUAUUAUUAGUCGAGGAAGUGAGCUCAAAAGUCAGGAGGUUAUGUUGCAACUUUAUAAAACUCUGGUUAGUCCGGUCGGGAGUUUUGAAACCAUUUCUGGUUGUGCCACUACAGGAAGGAUGCUGAAGCUUUGGAGAAGGUGCAGAAGAGGUUCACCAGGAUGAUACCUGGUUUAGAAGCUAUCAUGAAAGGCUGGACAGACUUGAGUUGUUUUCUCCAGAGGCUAUGGAGAGAUCUGAUAGAGAUUUACAGGAGUCCUCCACUUUACGAUUGUUCGCUUUAUGCCACUUUGCUUUUACAAAAGACCUACAUUAGUAACCUUGUUUUGCAUUACAAAGAGGAUUUUCGCUUUUACAAAAAUUUUUCUCAUAUAAAUUAACGGUUCUUCGCUUUAUGCCAUUUCGGCUUAAGAAAGGUUUCAUAGGAAUGCACUACCUUCGUAAAGGGGGAGGCACCUGUAUAAGAUUAUGAGAUGCAUAGAUAGAAUAUUCAGACGGUAUCUUUUUCCCAGGGUUGAAACAUACCAGAGGACAUGAUUCAAGGUGAGAGGGGGUAAUUUCAAAGGAGAUGCGAGGGGUAACUUUUUUAUACAGACAGGUGGGUGCCUGGAAUGUGCGGGCUGGGUGGUGAUAGAGGCAGAUACAUUAGGGACAUUUAAAACAUGUGUACUUUACACUUUCCAACAUUGUAUUUCAUUUGCCACUUUUUUGCCCAUUCCCCUAAACUAUUUAAGUCUCUCUGCAGGCUCUCUGUUUCCUCAACACUACCUACUCCUCCAUUUAUCUUUGUAUCAUUGGCAAAUUUAGCCACAAAUCCAUUAAUCCCAUAGUCCAAAUCAUUGAUGUACAUCAUAAUAAGCAGCAGUUCCAAACCUGACCCCUGUGAAACUCCACUGGCAACAGGCAGGCAGCCAGAAUAGGAUCCCUUUAUUCCUACUCUCUGUUUUCUGCUGAACAGCCAAUGCUCCACCCAUGCUAGUAAUUCCCCUGUAAUUCCAUGGCCUCUUAUCUUGCUAAGCAGCCUCAUGUGCAGCAUCUUGUUAAAGGCCUUCUGAAAAUCCAAAUAUAGCACGUCUACUGCAUCUCCUUUGUCUACGCUGCUUGUAAUUUCCUCAAAGAAUUGCAGUAGGUUAGUCAGGCAGAAUUUUCCUUUCAGGAAAUCAUGCUGGCUUUGGCCUAUCUCUUCAUGUGCCUCCAUAAUCUCAUCCCUAACAUUCUAUUCCAACAACUUCCCAACCACUGAUGUCAGGCUAACAGGUCUAUAGUUUCCUUUCUGUUGCCUCCCAUCCUUCUCAAAUAGUGGAGUAACAUUUGCAAUUUUCCAGUGAUCCUGUACAAUGCCAGAAUCUAUUGAUUCUUGAAAGAUUAUUGUUAAUGCCUCCGGAAUCUCUCUAGCUACUUCCUUCAGAACCCAAGGGUGCAUUCCAUCAGGCCCAGGAGAUUUAUCCACCCUCAGACCAUUAAGCUUCCUGAGCACCUUCUCAGUCAUAAUUUUCACUGCACAUAUUUCACUUCCCUGACACUCUUGGAUGUCCAGUAUACUGCAGAUGGAUGUCUUCCACUGUGAAGAAUGAUGCGAAAUAUGCAUUCAGUUCCUCUGCCAUCUCUGUGUCUCUCAUUAUAAUAUCUCCAGCGUCAUUUUCUAUUAGUCCUAUAUCUGGCCUCAACUAUUUUUUACCCUUUAUAAACUUAAAAAAGCUUUUAGUAUCUUCUUUGAUAUUAAGCACCAGCUUCCUUUCAUAAUUCAUCUUUUCCUUUCUAAUGACCUUCUUAGUUUCCUUCUGUAAGUUUUUAAAAGCUUCCCAAUCCUCUAUCUUCCCACUGGCUUUGGCUUCCUUGUACGCCCUCUCUUUUGCUUUUACUUUGGCUCUGACUUCACUUGUCAGCCAUGGUAGUGUCCUUCUUGCAUUCAGAAAUUUCUUCUUAUUUGGAAUAUAUCUAUCUUAUACCUCCCUCAAUUUUUGCUGAAACUCCUGUCAUUGCUGCUCUGCUGUCCUUCCUGCUAGUGUCCCUUUCUAGUCAACCUUGGCCAGUUCCCCUCUAAUGCCAUUGUAAUAUCCUUUAUUCCACUGAAAUACUGACACAUUGGAAUUUAGUUUCUCCUUCUCAAAUUUCACAGUGAACUUGAUCAUAUUGUGAUCACCAUUUCCUAAGGGUUCCUUAACCUUAAGCUCUCUUAUCACCUCCAGAUCAUUGCACAACACACAAUCCAGCACAGCCGAUCCUCUAGUGGGCUCAACAACAAGCUGUUCUAAAAAGCCAUCCCUUAGACAUUCUACAAAUUCUCUCUCUUGAGGUCUAAUACUGGCCUGGAUUUCCCAAUCCACUUUUAUUUUAAAAUCCCCAAUGAUUACCAUGACAUUGCCCUUCUGACACGCCUUUUCUCUCUCUCCUGCUGUAAUUUGCAAUCCACAUUCCAGAUGCAGUUUGGAAGCCUGUAUACAACUGCCAUUAGGGUCCUUUUACCCUUGCCAUUAUAAACUAUCAGAUCUCCCUUCAGCCUCUGCCUGUCCGGAGAAAACAACCCAAGUUUGUCCAGGCAGCAUCCUGAUAAACCUCUUCUGCACCCUCUCCAAAGCCUCAUCAUUUUUCCUAUAUUGGGGUGACCAGAACUGUAUACAAUACUUCACGUGUGGCCUAACUAGAGGUUUAUAUAGCUAUAAAUUUUGAAUUAGUGGCCUACUUGUCCUGUAGACUUGCACUGGUAGAGUCUGUAUCUAGCUAAGAAAGGAUGCAUGAACAAUUUUUUUUCAUGGAUUUGCAAGGUCACUUGCUCGCAUUCUGCUGUGUUGCUGCUUGGCUGGGUGGAAGAAUGUUUUAUUUAUUCAGAUCUGCAGGGCUGUGUUCAGCAAAUUCUCAGGUAGAGGUGGCUUGUGGCCAUCUUAAGCGAAUCCAGUUGCUGAAGGUGUGUGGGAUCAGUCCGCCUUGUCUGGAGAGAAUGAAAUAUCAAUGAGUGGCAAACUGCUGGGCUCUGUUUACCGAGUAUAACGUGAGUUCAAAAUGUACGCUCUUCAAAAACUGGUAAUAUUUUUGAUAAAAACAUCAUCCGUGGUACCCGCCCUUCAGCCCACAAUGUUGUGCUGAACCAAUCAAAUGGCCAACUAAACUGAUCUCUUCAGCCCACACAAUGUCCAUAUCCUUCCAUUUCCCUCACAUUUAUGUGUCUAUCUGCCUUAUCAAAACGUCUCUUAAAAGGUCUCUAGUGUAUCUGCCUCUACCACCAUACCAGGGCGCACAUUCCAGACACCCCCCACUCUCUGUGGAAGGAGAAAAGUUACUUGCCCCUCACACCUCUUGUGAAAUUUCCCCUCUCACCUUAAAUGCAAGCCCUCUGGUAUUAAGCAUUUCAAUUCUGGGAAAAAGAUAUUGUCUCUCUACUAUCUCUGUGGCUCUCUUAAAUUAUAAACCUCUAUCAGAUCUCCCCUCAGCCUCUGCCAAGCAGAUUUCAUCCUAACCAGUAUCUUGCUUUCCCCAAAUGUCCAAAGAUCCCAAACUCUCCAAACGAACUUUGCUUGGUUGUGUAGGAAAUGGUCAUAAUGUAACGUGCGGCUUUUAUGGAAAGAGCUGUUCCAUCGGCAACUGCAUUCCCCCCCUCCCAACCCC